UACAACAAGUAGAAGAAACGCCUGUCAGACAAAAUGGCUGUGGGACGAGGCUAGCUGUUUGUUUUACGUAAACAUUCAUCACCAGUGGACUGAAGCAGGAUAACGUUACGCGACAGAGUUUGCUUUUUUUUCCACACUGUGAAUAUAUGAAUUCCUAUUGAGUUCUGGUGAAGGAUGAUGAGCCAGCGGCGUGGUAUCCAUCUGGACCAAUCGGAGCUGCUUUGCAAGAAAGGAUGUGGUUUUUAUGGCAACAAUGCCUGGCACGGCUUUUGUUCUAAGUGCUGGCGAGAGGAGAAUCAGCGAGAAAAGCAAAAACAGAUUCAAGAAGACUGGGCACUUGCAGAAAGGCUUCAGAGAGAGGAGGAGGAAGCAUAUGCAAGCAGAAAUCAGAAGGCCCAGUCUCAGCCAACAAUCACUCCCUUCAAUAAGUUUGAGGAAAGAAAAACAAAAGAAAAGUCCAGCAAAGUUCACACAGUCACAAAGUUUUUUAUUCCUUCCACAAAAACACCACCAAGAAAAGAUGCUGCUUCCUUAGAUACACAGUCCAGCCCGAGCCCGAGCUCCUCUGCAAGUCGACAUUCCUCUGUGGACAGCGAUCACGCAACCCGAGAGUUCAUUGAUUUUCUCAAGCCUCUGAAGUCUGGCAGGGAGAUCUUCAAACAGUGCCGGGCCUUCACGGAGACCAUGGUCUACAAGCGAGACAUGGCCGCUGAUGAGCUGUCGGAGUGUGUGCAAGACUUCUAUCAGAACCUCUCAGAUCGUCUCCAGACCCAGUUCAAAGGUUCCUCAGAUCAUGUAGAGAGUAUUAUGGAUGAAGUAGAGAAAUACAUGAUGACCCGUCUUUAUAAGGAAGUGUUCUGUCCUGAGACCACAGAUGAUGAGAACAAAGACCUGGCCAUUCAGAAGAGAAUCAGAGACUUGCACUGGGUCACUAUUGAGAUGCUGUGUGUUCCUGUAGAUGAGGAGAUCCCAGAGGUUUCUGACAGUGUCGUCAAAGCCAUCACAGAUGUAAUUGAAAUGGAUUCAAAGCGUGUGCCCAAGGACAAACUGGCUUGCAUCACUCGUUGCAGCAAGCACAUCUUCAACGCCAUCAAAGUCAGCAAGAAAGAGGCUGCGUCUGCUGACGACUUCCUCCCCACACUCAUCUACAUCGUGUUGAAAGCAAACCCUCCACGACUACACUCCAACAUUCAGUACAUCACCCGCUUCUGCAACCCCAGCAGACUCAUGACGGGAGAGGAUGGUUACUACUUCACUAAUUUGUGUUGUGCAGUGGCCUUCAUUGAGAAGCUGGAUGGUCAGUCCCUGAACCUGAGCACUGAGGAGUUUGAUCUCUACAUGUCGGGCAAAGCGUCCCCUCACUGGCCACAAACAAGUGGAGCUUCUUCCUCCUCCCCGGGUGGCACUGCUUUCAAUCAGGUCCACAAACGGCUGGACCUGCUCACAGGGCUCGGGGAAAGGCAAGAGCGAGUCAUAGAGAAGGCUCGACAACUUGAGAGCGACCUGAUUGACUGGACAGAUGAGGUAGAGCAGAAGGUGCAGAGUGUUCUGGAAAGCUUUUCACCAGAGGCACAAAACCCUGCUGCAACCGCGGCUAGUGGGACGACGUCUGCGGCCUCGUCAGCUAUUGACUCUGAUAAUGUGGAGAACGAGCUCCUGCCUCCACCACUGCAACCACAAGUGUUUGCUGGUUGAUAAGAAAUCUAGAGGCUUUACUGCAUCCUUCGCCCUUUUUCCUCAUUGUUCAACUUUGCUGUGUGUAUGCACAAACAGCAGCUGUGAUAUGAAUUGUAUUUCCAUCAUCCAAGUCAUCCAAGUUCCUUACAUCCUUUGCCUAGAGACCCUGAAAAUACACUUUAAAGUAAAGGAACAAAUAAUUAAACAAAAUAGUUUAGUGUUUGGGAAAGUGCACUUUAGCUUUUUUUUUUUUGCAGGGUAGGUGAUUGAUUCCAAUCAGGUUUGUAAAAAGUCACAAAAUCUGCCCACAUAAACCCUUUUUUUUU